CGACAAGCAGGAUUUUUGGGUUGGGUUUCUCUUCUCGUCUCUGGAAGCUUCAGAACUCGUUUGAUGUUGUAUCACAUCGUGUGUUGAACUUAUAAUGUGACAGCAGAAAGUUCUUCUAGCAUCAACAUAGUUCUGCUUGGAUAUUCGUAAAAUGGAUGACAGUGGGCAGCAUGGUAAUGGGAGGCACAGACAUGAAUCUUACAAACAGUUUCACCCUCAGUUUAUGCUUCCCCCACAACUAAUGAAGGAUGACCAGGCAAGGAUAAUGAAGUUCAUGAGUAUCUUAGGUGACAGGGACACUGCAAUCAGAGAACGGAAUUUGGCUAUAUCAGAGAAAGACGCCGCUUUGGCUGAGCGAGAUCUAGCAAUCAUGCAAAGAAACACUGCCAUUUCUGAGAGGAAUAAUGCAGUGAUGGAACGAGACAACGCUUUCGCUGCCCUCAAAUACAAACUGAAGUCUUCUGUGAUAGGCAGUAGCGUGUCUCCAGCAUGCCCCUCAGAGUUUGAUAUUGCACGUGGAACGACAUACAUGCACCAGAUACAGCACAUGCAGCAAAACCACAUGGCCAAAGCUUCAUACAACCCAAGGCAGAUGCACAUGCAUGACAAUACCUCCUUAUCAGCUGUUUUGCCUGAAUCUCUGAAACCUGGACCGGGUGGGAGACCAGUGGAGAACAAGGUCAUUUCAUCCAGCGAGAUGACAGCAUCAAAGCCGCCUUCAAGAAAGAGGGCUAAGAGAGAAGGUGAGGGCUUGAAUAAGCAUGCCACAGUUGCCAACACGUAUGAGCAGUAUAUGUGUGGUAAUGGGAGCGGUGAAGAGGAGGAAGACCAACAGUGGACGAAGAUGGAGCAAAGAGGGCUAAAACAGGUGAAUUUUGACGCCUCUAAUAUGCUGCCUCCUGUUUGCUCGUGCACCGGUGCCCUACAACAGUGCUAUAGAUGGGGUAAAGGAGGUUGGCAGUCUGCUUGCUGCACAAAAACUUUGUCAGUGUAUCCUCUGCCUGUGAUGGAUAAUAAGCGAAGCUCUCGCAUUGGUGGAAGAAAGAUGAGUGGCGGCGCUUUCACAAAGCUAGUAAGCCGGUUGACUGCGGAAGGUCAUGACUUGUCGUUGCCACUUGAUCUAAAGAAUCAUUGGUCCAGACAUGGGACAAAUCGUUACAGCACCAUCAAGUAGAAACACAGCAGAAGAUGUAAAAACAAUACUGGACAUAAAUCAACUUGUAGGAUGACUCUAAUAGUGGCAAAGGUGGUAAGAUUGCUGAAACUUGCUAUGUGAUGUGAUGGCAGAUAGUUGCACAUACAAAGCUUUUUGAAUAGCUGACGAUGGAUGAGUCUACAAGGAAUAUUUGGGUCACAGGGGAAGCACAGGUAUCGGGUAUGAACUAUGAAGUGCAAAGUAAAGGGAAGAAAGUUUGAUGGAAAAGAAAAAGAAAUAGGGUUCCUCUCUACUGGCAUGAACAUGCAUUUUGUUUUGUGUUUGUACAUAGUAUGUGGUGGCGGCUAAGUGUCUUAUCUGAAGUUUCAUCUUUUUGUUAGAGCAAGAACUGCGAAGUUUCAAAAUUUCUCGACAGUUUUCAGUAUUACUUUUACACA